AUCAAAUGUAAAUAUAUAAUAUAAAAUUUUAUACAAACUACUUAAGAUAAGAAAUAUAGUGUGAUGUAGAAUGAUAUUAAAGAUGGAUACUGGAUAUUCAAAUGAUGAUUCUGAAACUUGGGAGGAUUUCUUUGGUAGUUCUGUAGAAAUAAAAGGAUCCAUAUUAAAAUUGUGCAACAUACCUACACCUGCAAGAAAACCAUUCAAGAAUCUUAAUGUUUUAUCACCAAAUGUUCAAAGAAUUUUGGCACACUCCGAUUGCAUAUCAGACCCACCAUCACCGACAGAAAAUCAAUCACAAUUUAUGAUAAAAAGUAAGUUACCUGUAAGAAAAGCUAAAAGUCAUCACAACUUUCCUUUGUCCGGUGUUGUAAGUAAAAUAUCACAAAGCAGUAAUGAUUUACAAAUACACACAGAAUCACAUACAGAUAAUUUAGAAGAUACAACUAGUGUUAAAAGUCAUUUAUUUACAUUACAUCAAAAUAUGGCUGACAAUGAUAUGGAAAGCAUUUCUGAGACAACAUCAGUAGCUGAUAUCAGUUUAACAUCGACAAUAUCAGAUUGUAGUAACAGUCAGAACAUUCACCCAUUUGCAGACAAGAGUCAAAUCCAACAGGCUUACGCUUUGUUAGACCUUUAUCAACUUGUUCUACUGAUUCAAGCAGUAGUAAGUACUAGUACAAACAAUAAUCGAGGCGGUUCACAAUAUUUGGCUUCUAUAGAAAGUUUAGCUGAUCACAGUGAUCAAGAUCGAAUGUAUGAAAAUCGAUCAACUCUUUCUGUUGGUGAAAAGUUUGUUUAG